AUGGCGCCGCCGACCAUUCUAGCCCACAAGUCUACGUUCCUGGCCGCGCAAACGCUGCAGCUGUCUCGAGGUCUUGCCCCCUCGCAUGCUUGGCGGGCGGCCAAUGAGGCAGCUGAGGACGGCAUCCCCAGCCGCGCUGUCGAAGAUGCGCUAUACCGGCUCAACAACGCACUGCAGCAGCAUGUCAAGAGGGUCUACCCGCUGCAGGCGACCCGACACGUGGCCGAGCAGAUCGACUCGCUCUUCCUUGAUGGUGGCGGGAGGGAUGGUGACGACGAUGACGAGGAUGGACUAGAGGGGGAAGAGUCUCUGAGGGAGGGAAUCGAUCUCGGCUUGCUUACCGCUCUAUAUUGUACCACAGCAACCGACCACGCAAUCGCCUCGCUACCCCCAACCUGGGACGCCCACGCUCCGGCCGAAGCCGAGGCCCAACCCCCAGAGGCACACCGUUACGCCGAGCUGCAGUCCUCGCUGACAUCGCUGUCCGCGCGCCGCGCCGAGAUCACUGCCCGCGUCGAACGGCUGCGACACAUGCGGGCUCUCCUCGAGCCUUUCCAAGAAAACAAUGUCCAGGAGAACCUGGUCACGCGGAACGGCGAGGUCGAAAAGGAGCUCGAGCGCAUGCGCUUCUUGCUCGUCCGUGUUGCUGGCAGGAUUGGGCAGUUACCGGAUCCUGCUCGGGACGCCGAGACCGACGACGAUGUCCCGAUGGAGGACCUGGACGAGUUGGAGAAAAAGAAGGUGGAUGCGCUACUCGAUACCUUGUGA